AGCAUAUGAAAUUUUCAGACAGCGGAAAAAUAAUUUACUGGGAGCGUGCGCUCUGAGGAACGCCGUGUGAUGUCCGAAGUGCAUUGCGGCACUACUGCACUGAUUCGCAUGAAAAACUAACCUCGUUUAUUGCACUGCCACUUCCAAACCAUAAUACUAGUACUAGUUGUUGAGGAAGAUCAGAUUUCCAAGAAACGUUUUCAUUUUCUUUCUUCUGGUAAUAAUUUGAAGAGAUACUGGAGAGACAAUGGAAGAUGCCUACGCCAGAUCCGUCUCCGAGGUUUUGGAAUUCUUCGCUGUGGAUCCGACAAAAGGCUUGACAGACUCCCAGGUUGCAGAGCAUGGCAGAUUAUAUGGGAACAAUGUGCUGCCGCAAGAACAAAGUACUCCUUUUUGGAGAUUAGUGCUGAAGCAAUUUGACGAUUUACUUGUAAAGAUAUUAAUUGCAGCAGCUGUGGUUUCGUUCUUUUUGGCCUUGGCUAAUGGAGAGACAGGCUUAUCAGCCUUCUUGGAGCCUUCAGUAAUCCUUAUGAUAUUGGCUGCAAAUGCAGCUGUUGGCGUUAUCACAGAAACAAAUGCAGAGAAGGCCCUUGAGGAACUACGUGCAUACCAAGCUGAUGUUGCAACUGUCCUGCGAAAUGGUUGGUUUUCAAUUUUGCCGGCAGCAGACCUUGUCCCUGGAGAUAUUGUAGAAGUCAGUGUGGGAUGCAAGAUUCCAGCAGAUAUGAGGAUGAUAGAGAUGCUGACUGACCAAUUACGAGUUGAUCAGGCUAUUCUUACAGGUGAGAGCUGUUCUGUGGAGAAAGAACUGGAUGCCACCAAUGUGACUAAUGCAGUAUACCAGGACAAGACUAACAUUCUCUUCUCGGGAACAGUUGUAGUUGCUGGAAGGGCAAGAGCUGUUGUUAUUGGUGUUGGCUCUAAUACUGCAAUGGGAAGCAUACGAGAUUCUAUGUUGAAAACGGAAGAUGAAGUGACACCGCUGAAGAAGAAGUUGGAUGAAUUUGGUACAUUUUUGGCUAAGGUUAUUGCAGGCAUAUGUAUUUUGGUUUGGAUUGUCAACAUUGGUCAUUUCCGAGAUCCUGCUCAUGGUGGCUUCUUUCGAGGGGCAAUACAUUACUUCAAGAUUGCAGUUGCUCUUGCUGUUGCAGCCAUUCCUGAAGGGCUACCUGCUGUUGUUACGACGUGUCUAGCUCUUGGAACGAAGAGAAUGGCUCGUUUAAAUGCUAUAGUUAGGUCAUUGCCAUCGGUAGAGACCUUAGGUUGCACAACAGUGAUCUGCAGUGACAAGACUGGUACUCUGACUACCAAUAUGAUGUCUGUCUCAAAGGUAUCCGUUCUUCAAUCUGCAUAUGAUGUUCCUGUUGUUGCUGAAUACAGUGUGAGUGGGACCACGUAUGCACCAGAAGGUACACUCUUUGACAACACUGCGGAGGUGCAGCUUGAGACUCCAGCAAAUCUUCAUUGUCUUCUGCAUACGGCAAUGUGCUCAGCCCUUUGCAAUGAGUCUUUUAUUCAAUACAACCCAGAGAAGAGAAAUUAUGAAAAGAUUGGUGAGUCAACUGAAGUAGCACUUCGCGUACUGGCAGAAAAGAUCGGCCUUCCUGGUUUUGAUUCAAUGCCUUCAGCUCUUAAUAUGCUGUCCAGGCAUGAAAGGGCAUCAUACUGUAAUCGGUAUUGGGAGAAUCAAUUCAAAAAGGUCUCAGUGUUGGAGUUCUCUCGUGACCGAAAAAUGAUGAGCGUGCUAUGUAAUCGGAAGCAGAUACAGAUUAUGUUCUCAAAGGGUGCUCCAGAGAGUAUUCUUCCUAGAUGCACAGAUAUUAUGUGCAAUAAUGAUGGUUCAACUAUUCGUCUAACACCAGAAAUUAGAUCUGAGAUAGAGUCAAAAUUCCAGAGCUUUGCAGGAAAAGAAACUUUAAGAUGCCUGGCGCUAGCGUUGAAAAGGAUGCCAUUAGGGCAGCAGGCUCUGUCUUUUGAUGAUGAAAAGGAUCUUACAUUUAUUGGGUUGGUUGGCAUGCUUGAUCCACCAAGGGAGGAAGUAAGAAGUGCUAUUCUUGCUUGUAUGACUGCUGGAAUACGAGUCAUAGUUGUUACUGGAGAUAACAAGGCUACGGCAGAAUCAUUGUGCCAAAGAAUUGGUGCCUUUGAUAACUUGGAUGACUUUGAGGGUCUUUCUUAUACUGCUUCUGAGUUUGAGAAACUUCCAGCAGUACAGAAGACAGUGGCAUUGCAGCGAAUGACAAUUUUCACCCGGGUUGAACCAUCUCACAAGAGGAUGCUUGUUGAAGCAUUACAACAUCAAAAUGAAGUGGUUGCAAUGACUGGAGAUGGAGUUAAUGAUGCACCUGCGCUAAAGAAAGCAGACAUUGGAAUUGCCAUGGGAUCAGGCACUGCAGUAGCGAAGAGUGCUUCGGAUAUGGUUUUGGCAGAUGACAAUUUUGCCACAAUUGUUGCAGCUGUUGCAGAGGGAAGGGCUAUUUAUAACAACACAAAGCAGUUCAUCAGAUACAUGAUUUCGUCAAAUAUUGGUGAAGUAGUUUGCAUUUUUGUGGCUGGACUGCUAGGGAUUCCUGAUACUCUUGUGGCUGUCCAGUUGCUCUGGGUGAAUUUAGUAACAGAUGGCUUGCCUGCAACUGCUAUUGGAUUUAACAAACAAGACUGUGAUGUUAUGAAGGCUAAACCUCGCAAGGUCAAUGAAGCUGUUGUCACUGGAUGGUUAUUCUUCCGUUAUUUAGUUAUUGGAGUUUAUGUUGGGCUUGCUACUAUUGCUGGAUUUGUGUGGUGGUUUCUUUACUCUGAUAAUGGUCCUAAACUGCCGUAUACUGAACUGGUCAAUUUUGACAGUUGCCCAACAAGGGCAACAAAUUAUUCUUGCACUGUGUUCAGCGAUCGGCAUCCAUCAACUGUUUCAAUGACUGUACUUGUUGUGGUUGAGAUGUUCAACGCAUUGAACAACCUCAGUGAAAAUCAAUCACUUCUUGUCAUUCCCCCCUGGAGUAAUUUAUGGCUUCUUGGAUCAAUUGUCCUGACAAUGCUACUACAUGUCCUCAUUCUCUAUGUGGAACCGCUGUCUAUUCUUUUCUCGGUGGCACCACUAAGUUGGGCUGAAUGGACCGUUGUUUUGUAUCUUUCUUUUCCUGUAAUUAUAAUCGAUGAGAUAUUGAAGUUCUUUUCAAGAAAGUCAAGUGGCUUCAGGUUUAAUUUCAGAUUCAGAGGAGUUGAUUUACUACCUAAAAGUGAAGCUCAUGACAAGUGAUGGAGAAGAACCUUUGCUCCCCUUUAUGAAUAUACAGAGAUAUAGUUGAAAAUUGAACUGCUGAGAUCAACUUUGAGCAUGAACAUCUAGAUUGAUGUAUGUUGUCGUCAGUGCUAUUUGACGACUUUUAGAAGCAUUAAUGUUGUAGAAAUAGACAAUUCUAGGCCCCAAGGUUCUUAUGACAGCGCAUAGAAAUAGAAACGAGACAUGGAAACGGUUGUGGAAGAUGUUAGAAUUAUUUUGUUUACAACUGAAGUCUGUCCAUAUUCAGGCAACAUUAAUCUGAUAAAGGAUUUAUGUUCUUGGUA